GGCCCUGAAUUGGAGGGAUCCCAUUUCCAGUAAGGCCCCAGCCCUGCCCCGCUGGGGAAUGUCCCCGCCUAGGUCCUGCUGGGAGAGAAAGGGGAGGGCAGGCAGAUCAGCUGCAGCCAAUCAAGGGGAAGACUCAGGAACAGGAAGGGCCACCUGCUGCUCACCCUGCCUCCUCCCCCAGCUCACCUGAGGCUGCUGAAGACAGGUAAUCCUCCGUCUAGAUUUUCCUCUGGGUUUUGGCUUCCUUCCGGCCUCCCUGCCACCUCACCUUCUUUGCUACUGACCUUGGACCCUGUGGACCUGCACCUCUGCCUGCAGGACAAGUCACUGACCCUCCUUGGGCCCGUCAAAUAAAGAUGACAAAAGCUGACCUGCCCUGGCCAUCUGCCAGUGAGAGGAGAUGAGGAGUGAUGUGUGGAGGGGCUGUGGACAGAAAAGGACAAAGUCGGGCAGCUAAAGGCCCUGCUGGGACGGUGCUGAGAGCCCAGCUCUGGAGCUGUCCAGAUAGGAGCCCCACCAGCUUAACAUGAAGGAGCCAGAACACUGGAAUCUUAGAAGGUGACAAUGGACUUGCUGUGGACUGUGCAGAGGGACUCGACCCACAGGGCCUAGGCCAGCUGUGGGGGGGGAGGGCAACCAUGAAGCUAAGGCUUUGAGCCCCCCACCGUGAUUCUCCCUAAGUCUCCCUGAGCUCUCCGGGCCCCCUACAUUCCCUGGUCCUCUCUAGCUCCAGCUUGGCCCUCAAGCGCAGCUGCAACAGAUGGCCCAGCUAGAAGCAUCCCCUGGCCUGCAGCAGCAUGGGGUGCCCAUGUCUGUGAGCGGGGCAGGAGCCCUAGAUGCACUGGAGGAACAUGUGGAACUGUGGUGGUCUCAGGAGCCCCGGCGUGCAGCCCUCUGCUUCUCUGUGGCUGUGGGGCUAGUGGCUGGCUGUGGAGCUGGUGGGGUAGCCCUGCUCUACUCCACCAGCAGCCGCUCAGGUGAGUGGCGUCUGGCGAUGGGCACUGUCCUCUGCCUGUUGGCCCUGCUGGUGCUGGUGAAGCAGCUGCUGGGCUCAGCUGUGCAGGAUAUGAACUGUAUCCGGCAACCCCAGCACGUGGCCCUGUUGCGCAGUGGGGGUGGAGCAGACAGUCUCGUGGUCCUGGUCAGUGGCCUGGUGCUGCUGGUCAGUGGCCUAGUGCUAGUCGGCCUGGCUGCUUCCCCCACGUCUGGCCCUGGCCCCAGCCCCAGCCCAGCCAGGCCCCUGGCCACUAUGCUAACUGCAGGCAUCAUCCUGGGUGUCGUGGGGGCCCUCCUCCUGUUGGGACUGCUGCUCUACCAAGUAGGCAUGGGAGGCCGCUGCCUCCUGCCCACCACAGCUACGGGCUCAGGUCGAGGCCAGAGACGAGCAGGCAGCAGCAUCUUCAGUAUCUCUGGACGGCUGCGAACCACUCCCAGCAUCGCCAACCUCCUUGGACUGGGCCACAGCAGCAGCUGAAAUCCCUUUGACUUUCACUGGUGACCUCUAGGUCCAGCUACCAGCCUCUGCCCUCUGGCCUCCCGCCUCACAGGCAACCCGCCCCACCAAGAGUCACCUUCCAGCUCCACUCCCUUGUCUCUGCCUUCUUCCAUCCUUCUCUGACCUCCAAUACUGACCUCCAGGACCCUUCUCUGUUCUCCCACCUUCCAUCAUCACUAACAGGUCUGGCUUACAUGUGGUGGUGGUCAACGUAGUCCUGGUUGGGCAUGUGUGUUAUCUGUAAUCAGAAAUCCCAUAUCUGUCCUAGUAUUCCUUUCCCACACAUGAAAAUUCCAUCCUUCUUGGGGAUCACCAGACCUUCCACCUUCCAACAGCCUCCUAAAAGUAGCAAAGCAGAAAAUCCUCCAUCCAAAGUCAGAGACUCCUUCUGAACCCCUUUAAAUGAGAUAAUAUUUAUAAAGCAUGUAGCACAGUGCCUAGCAUCUAAUAAGCGCUGAUUGCUUAUUAACCCUCCCACCAGCUCAGAGACCCCCUUUAACCUCCCCAUCCCAGCUCAGAGAUUCCCUUCUGACCCUUAAUCCAGACCAAGGACCCCCUGAGCCUCCCCAUCCCAACUCAGAGAUUCCCCUCUCUCUCCCCAGCUUAGAGGAGACCCUCCCACUCUGACCUUGUUAACCCCUCUCGUCUCAGAUCAGGCUCCCAAAUAAAGGUGCUGGACAACACCUUG